GAUGCUGCCGCGGGUCGGUCGCUGCCGCCCGGCUCCGGCCGCCUGGCUCCGGCUGCUGCUGCUGGCGGCGGCGCUGGCGCGGCCGGCGCUGCCCGAGGUGCUGUUCCGCUGCCCGCCCUGCAGCGCCGAGCGCCUGGCCGCCUGCGCCCCGGCCGCCGCCUGCCCCGAGCUGGUGCGGGAGCCCGGCUGCGGCUGCUGCCCGGUCUGCGCCCGCCUGGAGAACCAGUCGUGCGGGGUGUACACGCCGCGCUGCGCCGCCGGGCUCCGCUGCUACCCGCACCCCGGCGCCGAGCUGCCGCUGCAGGCGCUAGUGCAGGGCCAGGGCACCUGCGCCCGGAGACGGGACGCCGCCGAGUACGGGGCCAGCGCCGAGCCGGGCGCAGACAAUGGUGAGGAUGAGCCUGAAGAAGUCUUUACGGGGAAUUAUGUGGAUGGCACACCCGGGGUGGUGAGUGGAGGUGGCGGGAGAAAGCCCAUGAAGCCUGGAAUGAAGGAGCUUGCGGUCAUGCGAGAGAAAGCGAAUGAACAGCAGAGACAGAUGGGCAAAGCCAUCAAGCACCACCACAACCAUGAAGAGUUGAAGAAAUUACGGCCAUCAUCCAUGAGGACCCCCUGCCAGCAGGAAUUGGAUCAGGUCUUGGAACGUAUCUCAACCAUGCGUCUGCCAGAUGAGCGUGGCCCGUUGGAGCACCUCUAUUCCCUGCACAUCCCCAACUGUGACAAGCAAGGCUUUUACAAUCUCAAACAGUGCAAGAUGUCUGUGAAUGGUCAGCGAGGAGAGUGCUGGUGUGUGAACCCCAUCACUGGGAAAGUGAUCCAGGAAGCGCCCACCAUCCGCGGAGACCCCGAGUGCCACCUCUUCUACACGGCACGUGAACAGGAGGAGCGGGGAGCACACGCCCUGCGCACGCAAUAGGUGGACGCGUUCCUGCUCACUGGAGACAGCUCAGCCUGGCCCUGGUGCUGGAUUUUACAUGGGUUUCAGCAUGUCUAUUUAUAUUCUGAAAAAGACUGGCUUUGUGCAUUGCCUGUGGCCCUCUUCUCUCGCCUUCAGCCCGCUGGGAAAGGACUGGGGUGCAGGGUGGGUUGCAAGAGGGGAAGGGGCAGAAAUUGCUUUUCUUUGGUCUUUCGUGUAAAGUCAAUGAGAGACAAAGCUUUGUCUUCUGUCAGCUCUGCCCCCACUGCAGCGUACUAGGUAUUCGCGUGCUUCCAGAGUCACCCGCCGCCCGCUAGCCCCACCACCGCAAAGUGAUAGCGUAGUGCAAGGGAAACAGGGCAUACGCGGGAGGCCCAGGUGAAAGCCAAGCAGCCCUGUUGAAUGUAGAGUCCUGAGCUCCCCGGAUGUCUCCAAAGAGCCUAGGUGAUAAUGCUCAAAACAAGAUGGAUGAAAAUCUCCCCCCCUCCCCCCCCAAGACC